UCAUCGAGAAUUCAAUAAACAGAGAGAACGCAAUUUGGCAGGAGAAUUAGGGCUGAGAGAGAGAGGACGCAGUGUGGGCGGGUUAAGAAACACGGAGAGGGAGGGGACAUCAGCGUUACAUUCACAUCGUUUUUGCCCCUUCAUGCGACGUCUGCCGAAAACAAGGACAUCGGUAUUGAGAUACUAUCCGUUCGUAUCAGUCUUGCAUCAAACUGAAGCGUGCACAUUUGAGCAUAUUCAAUAGAUCUGUAUAUGAAAUUCCGUUACCUGCGCUUUAGAUAUUUUUGCGUCGGAGGAGGAUAGCUGAGCUGCAGAGGCGCGGAUGCUACGAGGGUAGCGUUGGGUACCAGAACACCUCACACUCAGCACGAUGGACAGAAUGAGUUUUCUGUCCUUCCUCCUCCUUUGCUUGACUUCAGUUGCCAAUGGCAACAAAGCCAAUAAGCACAAGCCAUGGAUCGAGACGGAGUACCAGGGUAUCGUCAUGGAGAAUGACAACACCGUUCUUCUCAACCCACCACUGUUCGCCCUGGAUAAAGAUGCUCCACUGCACUAUGCAGGUGAGAUCUGUGGCUUCCGGGUGCACAAUGGGCCCACGGGAUCCAGUUCGGUACAGUUUGAGGCGGUGGUUCUGGACCGCUCGACAGGGGAGGGCCUGGUCCGCUCUAAAGAGCCCCUGGACUGUGAGAGCCAGCGGGAGCACAGCUUCACCAUCCAGGCCUAUGACUGUGGAGAGGGCCCCGAUGGAGCCAACAGCAAGAAGUCCCACAAGGCUACGGUGCAUGUACGUGUGAAUGACGUAAACGAGUUCUCCCCAGUGUUCGUGGAGCGUCGCUAUGAGGCCUCCGUCCCAGAAGGCCGUCUGUUCGACCGCAUCGUGCGCGUCGAGGCCCUCGACGCAGACUGCUCCCCGCAGUACAGCCAGAUCUGCUUCUACGACAUCAUCACCCCCAGUGUUCCCUUUGUCAUCGAUAACGAUGGUAACAUUAAGAACACCGAGCCAUUGGAUUCGAAGCGCCAGCGUGUCCACACCUUCUGGGUGACAGCGUUUGACUGUGGCAAGAACCGUGCUCAGGCCGACGCCCAGGUCGUCGUCACGGUCAAACCGUCCUGCAAACCCGGCUGGAUCGGUUGGUCGAAGCGGGUGGAGUAUACCCCCGGGUCAGGCAGCAUUCCCCUGUUCCCCAGUUUGCACCUGGAGACCUGUGAAGAGACUGUGUGGAACAUCCAGGCCACCGUAGAGCUGCAGACUGGCCAUAUUGGGAAGGGCUGUGACAGGGACAGCUACUCAGACCGAUCAGUGCGCAGACUCUGUGGUGCUGUGAGAGGUGAAGUGGAUUUACUCCCGCCCCCAUCCCCAGCAGCCAAUUGGACCUCAGCCUUGCCCACCCUCCCUUCUUCUGAUUCGUCCCUGGUGUUCUCCUUCAAUGGCUCCACCCAUGUUGCUGUGGUACCCGACUCCGUUGCCGCGGCCGUAUCCGGAGACCAUUUCACCCUCCAGCUGUGGAUGCGAAGGGGUGGGAUCAACACCCAGCCUCCGACUAAUCAGGCCAGAGGAAACCACAGGGAGGAGGAGACUAUCGUCUGCAGUACCGUCAAGAAUGGUCAGUCAAAUGACGACUCCUUCUCCCACUACUCUCUCUCCGUUCACGGCUGCCGUCUCUCUCUUUUCUACUGGCCCGACGUCUCCGCUGCGCGGCCCGUGAAAUUCCUCUGGAAACUGGAGCAGGUGUGUGACAGCGAGUGGCAUCACCUGUCCCUCAGUGUCCAGUUCCCCUCUGUGACACUGUAUGUGGAUGGAGUCACCUUCGACCCCGCCCUCAUCCACGACAACGGAGUCAUACCCAACCCUGCCCCACGACAGCGACUGGUCAUUGGCGCCUGCUGGGAGACAGAAGAUAAACAGAAGGACAUCCUUAACAACACCAUCCCUGAAGGGAAAGACACAGGGAAGUAUGUGGGUGGUUACCGUGGCCUGUUGUCAGGGGUGACGGUGCGUCCAGGGAGUGUGGAGCCCCACAGUGUGGUGGAGUGUCUGUACGCCUGCAGAGAGGGGCUGGACUUUGGGGACCUGGAGACCUUGGGCUCAGGCAUGAAGGUGCAUGUGAACCCAAGUCAGUCUGUGCUGGUUCUGGAGGGUGAUGACAUUGAGAGCUUCAACAGGGCCGUGCAACAGGUCACCUACAGGAACUCUCUCCGCUUCGCCACCCCUGGAGUCAGACCACUCAAACUGACCACCUCUCUCAGGUGUUUCAAUGAGGAGAGUUGUCUUACGCUCAGGCAGUUGGAGGGCUACCUGGUGGUCCUUCAGCCUGACGCCCCUCAGAUCUCCCUGUCUGGGGUCGGCCCCCACCUGGCCCGCCCCGCGCCUGAAUUCGAGGGCCCCCGUGGUGUACCCCUCUUCCCAGAGCUGAGGAUCGUGUGCUCCCUGUCUCAUGCUGUUAACACAGCCGCUCAGGGCAUGGAAGGAGGAGCUCUGAUGUCAGACGCCGUGGCCCACACUCUGGACGGCUGUGAGGUCCAGCCCCUGGGGGAGGAGCUAAACCCAGAGAGGGAGGAGCUCCUGCUGGACAUGGAUGCCCUGAGAGAGAGGGGUCUGGAGAUAAUCAACACCACUGCUUACAUCGCCAUCACAGGAGCGGAGUCCAUCUCCGUGUAUGAGGAUGUCCUUCGGUCCGUCCGUUACCGCCUGGCUAAAGGAUCGGCCCGCUUUGAGAGGCGGUUCCGUCUGUCCUGCUCCGAGAUGAAUGGCAGAUACACCAGCAACGAGCUCACACUGGAGGUGAACUUCCUGCACUCCCUGGACAGUCUGUACCACCCGUCUCACCUCCUGGCCUCCCAGCAGCAGUUCCUUCACCCAUCUCAUCACUCUGGGGAGCUGAGCGGACACACCCUGCCUAACCCCCACCGCAACUCAGUGGUGCCAGGAGCGGCAACAGUCAUCAUCAUGGUGUGCGUGGGCUUCCUGGUUGUCAUGGUGAUCCUGGGAGUGUUUCGAAUCCGCUCCAUCCACCGCCGUGGUGAGGGCACCAGGGGAGGGUCUAAGGAGGACAGCGGCCAAUGGGAUGACUCUGCUCUCACCAUCAUCGUCAACCCCAUGGAGUCCUAUGAGUCUCGUAUGGGCAUCUCAGCUGACACUGAAGGUGAGGGGGAGGAGGACGAGGAAGUGGUGGAGUCGCCUGACAACGCCAACGACGACCAGCGAAUCAUCAUCAAGAAAGAGGGCAGAGACGGCAACCCCCGUCGCUACUAAGCCAACCGUCUCUCUCUCUCUCUGGACGCACCCAUUUCUAUGGAAACCACAAAACGGCUCGCCACUCACACACUCUUCUCAACGCGUUUAAAUAUUGAAGACUGCUGACACCUCUAGUCUAUGGAAUGUAAACGUACAACAACAAAACACUGUAUUACCGCAACAUCACCGCACCAUUAAUGAUCUAUAGCCAAUAACAGUGCAUUGAAUGUUUCACCACGUAAAUGUUCUACGGCACAAUAUAUACAGUAUACUCUAACCGCCUGACCAAAACAACCAACAAAAAUUGUUUGUGGUGCACUAAUUCCUAACUCACAGUGAAUUGACAUUGUCCUUGAAGUCUGUGUGACACAGGCCGGACCGAGGCUACAUAACUUAGGUGUAAAGUUAAGACUGUAUAUGUUUUAUUAUCUCUAUAUCACACUCCAGACACCUUUGCCCACCACACAAAAUGAAUAUUGAAGCAAUCGAUUCACACAAAGCCUCGUGUCGGCCCCUCACACAUAGACACAAGCCCUGAUCCUGACGCUAUCCCACACACCUCUAGUUUUAAUCUAGUCGUCUUUAUGCUGCACAAUCUCUCUCUCUCUCUCUCUCUCUCUCUCUCUCUCUCUCUCUCUCUUUCUCUUUCUCUUUCUCUUUCUCUCUCUCUUUCUCUUUCUCUUUCUCUCUCUCUCUUUCUCUCUCUCUCUAUACAUUCCUCAACAUCCAAAAACACGAACCCUCUCCCCACCAGAUCUGACUCCAGAUCAGAUCCACAUUCAUAGUGACCCUAAUAUACAAAAACAUACAAUUAUAGGGUUCUAACAGACUUUUACAUACUAUGUACGAUGUGCUUCACAUACUGUACGUGAUGUGCUAAAUUAGAUCAAAUAAAUUGUCCAUGCAAAAGUGUACAUUUUCAUAACUUUCCUUUUGUCAGGGUAGACUUUUAAUUGUUAAAUUGUAUUGGUUGGUAGAACCCUUUCAUUGUAUGUUUUUGCAAGUCAACCAAACAGGCUGCCGAUACGGGCAUAGAGUAACCUCUGACCCUUACCACAACCCCAGUGACUCGACUGAGCGACCCCCAGCCCAUUGCACUUUCACCACCCACCGCUCUCGUGACAACCUCACUACAACAACGACACACACACCACAACACCCGCUGUAUCCAGAAUGUCAGCUCAGCUCGGGCAGUUUUGAUUGUAUUACAUUUUCUGUACAUAAAAUUAUUGUUAUUAUUAUUGCAGUCAACGCUUGCUCUGUCUGUACUCUUAAAGAGGGAGCUGCAUAUACAUAUUAUUUAUUACCAAUUACAUUGUUUUAUCAUUUGACCAGCUGUUGUAUAUUUUUUAAAGGUUACACCAUCAGAAUACAGAGUAAUAAUAGUAGUAGUAAUAAGGAUGAUGAUUCCUGGCUUGAGGAGUGUAUUCAUUCGUGUGUUGAAUUGUUGUAAUUUAAAAUCUUGUUCAUAUCUGAAUUACAGUAAAUGGAGGGGACAUUGUGAUAAAUAGCUACUCUGUCUCCCCUCUCGCUCUCACUCCUUCCUUCUUUCACACCUCCUUUAGAAUAUUCUCAAAUCGUUCUCUCUUCCUUAUCUCCUCUCUCUCCCCCCUCGUCGUUUUCUUUUCAUGCCAGUCCCCAUCAUCUCUUUGGUCUAUUGAAUGUAACCUCCUCCCUCACAUCCUCCCUUUGUGUUUAUUGCUGUCUGUCUGUGUUUCAAUGUGCAGUGAUAAACCUGUCGGUAAAUAAAGCCUGUUGUUUUUCAGUGUAAUAUUAAAAAUGGAAUACAAAUUUCAUUAAUUACUUAUAUUAUUACUAUGGUUACUAUUGCGACAUUAACUGUAAUUAUUGAUACAAUGAUAACAUGGAUUAUGAAGAUUAUUGUUAUUGAUAACUGUCUGAAAACAUUUCAAAGUUCAUAAUAAAACACUGAUGACGUCUGAA